AUGGUCGUUCAGUUAAAAUUUGAAAAUUCGUUUUGGACAGCAGGAAAUUAUCAAAAGGGGAUUAAUAUUCUGUAUGAUAAAUUAGAUCAAGGUAAUGUAGAAAACGAUGAAAUCAUAGAAUUUCUUAAGGAAAGGAUAGCGGUAGAAGAAUUAUACGGCAAGAAAUUGUGUGAUCUUUCUCAAAUAAGUAGUCGACCGAAUGGCUUUCAACGUGAUGAUGGGGCUUCUUUACGACGUUCAUUUGAAAUUGUAAAACAAGAAUGUGACCAAAUAGGACAAGCUCAUUUACAAAUGGCUAAUAACUUGUCAGAUUUAGUGCUUAAACCUUUUCUCAAACAAAGUGAAGAUUAUAGUAAAAGUCUCAGAGCAAGUAGAGAAGAAAUAACGGGUUAUUUAAAAUUAUUUGAUAAAUUGAUUAAUGAAGUGGAGAAAUCUCGAACUAAUUAUAUAACAAAGUGUCAAUUGGCUGAUGAAGCUGAUAAAAUUUCGGCUUAUGAAGAAGAAACUCGUUCAAUAUCAGAAAAAGAUAUACAGCAAGACCAAUCAUUAACUGUCACACUUGGGAAACAUUUGUUUUCGGAGGAAGAAAUAAUGCAAUUUCUUGCAAAAAUGCGUGAAGAAAUUCCUUCUAAAGAAAUUAAAAUACCUUUUCUUGGUACUUAUAACGAUGCUUAUUCUGGUGAAGAUAUUACAGAUUGGCUAACAAGAAAUCAUCCUAAUACAAUAUCAUGGGAGGAUGCUGAAAAUAUUGGUCAGGAAUUGGCUGAUCAAGGUUUCCUAAAGCACAUUGGUGCUAUUGGAAAUUAUUUUGUUAGCACUCCUGUUGCUUAUUUUCAAUUCAAGAAUAAAGCAUUUAAUCUCAGAGAUACCGAAGAAGUUAACGCUGGAAUAGGUUGGAAUGGGUUGAUAUAUGCAAUUUCAACUAAUCAACCUUCAGAAAAAAAACGUUUUCGAAAAGAAGCCAAUGAAGCUGAUGAAGCCUAUCGUCAUGCAGUAAGAAGGUUGAUUUCUAAGAAAUAUUUGGGUCUUUUAUACAGAACUCGGCUAUUUCUUGAAGAAUCUAUGAUGGAUCAAAUGAACCUUAUGGAAAGGCGUGAAUUCGACCGUAUAAAAGCUUCAAAAACAGCUUUUCUAAAUUAUUCUACCACAUGUACCACUGUGAUUUCUCCUGCUCAACUAAUGUCAGAACGUUUACUGAUAUAUCAUGAAGCAUUAAAACCUGAGAAAGAGAUCCAAUUUAUUAUACAGCAUUAUCGUACCGGUCCAUUUAACCCUAAGGUCGUUCUUUAUACUAAUAAAUAUUAUGGAAGCGCUAGUGACCAAACUUUUGGAGUUCCACUAGAUGAAAAGGCUCAAAAAGAUUUAAAAGUUGUUCCUCAAAUUGUUACCAAAUGUCUUCGUUGUAUUACUAAAGAUAAAAAACUUUUAUGGGUAACGAAUGUACCUUUAGCCGCAGUUCAUGCUCUUCGUGAAGAAAUUAAUGAUGGUUCCAAGGUUACUUUAAGGAAAUUACGAGAAUAUGACUUGGCUAUAGUUACUGGAGUAUUGAAAUUGUACUUUAUGGAACUACCAGAGUGUCUACUUACGUUUAAGCUUUACGAUCCUGUAAAGCUGUUAUAUUCAUUGAGUCUUGAGGAGCAGGAUGAUGACAUGCGCAUAGCAACUAUUUCAAAACUUGUUACGUCACUUCCGCCAAGGAACUAUGAAACUUUAAAUGUUUUUAUAUCACAUUUGAAUAGCCUUAUAAUGUCGGUAGAAGCGGAUGAUGUCUAUAUUACGACGCUUGCACAAAUUUAUGGAUAUAUAUUAUUAUAUCCAAAUCUCGAGGAAAAAAAUGACGAAAAAAGUGUGGGAAUGGUGUAUCUUAAUGAUAGGCAUCCAUAUCGUCUAGUCAAGGAUUUGAUAAUUCAUCAUGACAAAAUUUUUAACCAACAGAAUUCCACCUCAAGCAUUGAUACUGAGCUUGCUGAGGUUAUGAAACGUUCGGAAAGUCGUGAAUCCAUUCACUCAGCCAGGUCAAGUCGGUCUAACUUUUCUAAUAACAGAGAUAGUUUCAGAGAUAUUACUGACGUGACAAGAUCCAGAGGUGAUUCUGUGAACUACGGUGCAGAACAUUCUGCAUUAUUACGUGAUAAAUUAUCUAGGCUUAGUUCAUCAGAAAGUUUUGAAUUUUCAAGACCAUUUACACCACAAAGCCCAAUUUCUCGACCAAUCGGGCCUCGUCCAAAUCCAUCAAAAGAAGAUAAUCACAGUGGAACAAGUUCACCAAAAGAUAACCACUCUGUGACUAACAGCCUGAGUCGUCGACGAGGAAUAAAGAGGUUUAGCCGUAUGGCAUCACCUUCAGGUAAAUCACGAAAUCAAAGCAGUAGUAGUUCUGAAAGAGAACCAUUCAGACACCAACAAAUUGAUGAUGAUGAGAAUGGAUCAGACUCAAGCUCUAAUCUAUCUUCACCUGAAUCACCAUCACACCGGUUUAAUACAACACGAUCGCAUUCUCGUCCUAGUUCGGAUAUAUUUGCUUUACAAAAACAGGGAUUACUUGUAGAUGAAGAAUUGGAAUUUGUUCCUAUUUCACCAACACAUCAGCCCAAAGUUCAGUAUUAUAAUGAUGAUUAG